CAGAGGACUUCCCUUUCAUUUUCGCAACUCGCCAUUGAGAUUCUUCGCUCUACAACAGAGCUUUCGAGUCUUUCUUGGUACUUCCUCAGUCUUGGUGACUUACUUUGAAACAUUUCCAUGACGGAUUGAGGAAUCAAGGUCGUAAAUCAGUCAAACGUGCCUUCCAUUUCCGCGACCGAAGUAAGAACGCAUGGUUGAAUCAGAUUUGUGAAUAUAAGGUAAAUACUUUUAUUUGGAGUUCCUCAGUUAACAAUCUCUCCUUCAAAUGUUCUCAAUCUGUCCUAAUUUUCCCUGAUGUCCGGUAAUGUAAGACGUUCCUGCAGUUAAAUGACGAGGAUUGCCAACUUUUAUUCGAUUCUAGCGUGUAUUAAUUGUAUUGACGCUUCGUGUUACUUGUAAGCUAAUUGAGCUGAGCUUACAUGAACAUGUUACAACCGUCGAAUUCACAAAAAUUCUCAGCCAAUACCUGGCAUUUACAUCUAAAAGAAUUAAUUUGAGAGAGUUAAAAGGAAUCUCCAAAUUACCGAUUUGAUUUAGUGCAAGCGCGGAUGAUCGAUACACUUUCAGUUUCGUUUGCGUUUCAUGUGCAUGUGGAGCAUGCGCACGAAAGUGUUUUGGGCAAGCUUUCGUGUCUGGGUUACGUGUUAACUCAAAUUCCUUCCGUAUUUAAGAUGCAUUUAAUUAAAAAGCGAUAAACAUUUACAGCUUAUCUCAUGUGUUUAUGUUUAUAAUUUUAUAGUUUGAGAGUAAUUUUUUUUUAGGAUAGACUGCUUAGAUUGUCCUUCCAAACUGUACUGUUAUACUGAUUUCCUUGUUAAAUAUUGAGACAAGUUGAUUUUUCUUCAAAUGCCGGCUAGUGAUUUGUUGGAAGCGUCCUUUCAAUUAACUACAUUCAAGUUUUAGGGGUCCAAUUCAUCAACUGGUAAUGAUUGAUUGGUAUCUGAGUAAAGUUUUACCUUUUGUCAUCUUCUAAUCAAUAUAUGAUCAAUCAAUGAUCACAUCAAAACUGGUUUAGUUCUGCAUGUGGCAGCACGCAUCCAAGUAUGUGUCUGGUGAUAAUUUAUGUUAUCAUAUAGCUAGGCUUGGGGUAAAUAAAAAGUUCUGAUUGGUUCUUACUUGGUCAGGAUUUUGCCACCUAGAUCAUCAUCACACCAUACAGACAAUCAUAAAACAUGUAAAUUCAAAGCAAACUAGUUUAGUCCAUUAGUGCAUGCUUUCUUGAGCUGUACUGGGGAAUAUUGGUACUAUGCCAUUCCUAUACUGCCACAACCUUGGGCCAAUAUUCCCCAGUAAAUUAAAGCCCUGUUGCUUAACUGGUUAGUUAAAAGGUAGUACUGGCUUUUGUAAAAAUAAUCUACACUGUAUAUGUAUCUCUGGCUAUUUUAAAUCCCAGUACAAUUGAUUUCCUUGUUACUCUAGUUUUUAUUGAAUUUGUUUGUACAUGAAGACAGCCAGUAAGGAUUAUUUGAUAUCUAAAAAACAAGCCAUCUUGAUUAUUAGGAGAAUUAAAGUUAGCAUCAAAGGCAAAUCAAUUUUGUGCACAAAACAGUGUAAACAUGAAAUGAAUACAAAAACAAUCAGUGAGAUAUAUAUAUAUAUAUAUACCAGUAAACCACAAAUGUCUUCACCUGUACCAAAUUGAAAUCCAUUUCAACACACAUCAGCAUGCAUAAAUGUGUAUAUUUCACUGCUUUUCCAGCAAUAAGUGUAACAGUUGAACUAACCCUCACCUAUACGAAUAUGGGUGUCAGCUCAACAGCAAGAAAUUGAAUUAAAGAAAUAUAUCUUUUAUAAGUUUUGACCAGUAUAAUCCCUAUUUAGAAAUCAGAUGAGAUAAUUUUUCUUUGGUGUUGUAGAAUUUGUUUCUUAUGAGAAAGAAUUCAGCAUAAACUCUCUCCUCUUGUGGAGAUGUGGUGGUCUUAGUGAGGUGGACUCAGGGUCAGGAGGUCUGCAUUUGUAACCUGGCCUGUGCUGAACUCAGGGUCAAGAGGUCUGGGUUCCAGUCAAUGUGUUGUGUUCUUGUGCAAAACACUUUACUCUUACAGUGCCUGUCUCCAGCCAGGAGUACAUGUAUAAAUGGGUAGCAAAAAUUAGUUAGGGAAACCUGAUAAAAUGCUGGGGGGUGAAAGGGGGGGAGGGAAUAACGGUGGAAUGGACUUGCAUCCCCUCCAGGGUUGGGUAAUAAUACUCCCAGUUGCUUCAUGUGAGGAAGCCAGGAUUAAUUAAAGCUCAGGUCCUGGAUGGACCACUGUUCAUAUCCAGACGCAACCUAACUACCUACCACCUCUUAGUUUAAAUGAUUUAAAUUGUUGCUGUUAAAAAUUAUAUGAACUUGAAACACACAGAUGUUGAUUUUUGGCCAAGUUAUUUCAGUCAAUUGGGAAUGUCUUUAGUAAAUCUUGAAAUUUAUUGCAAUGAGAAGAGAAUUACUGUUCAUUUAAAUAUUAAUGCUUGUUUUCUUCAGUAUAUAUAUCUUUUGUUCUUUUACUGCUUUAAGUAUGCUAUUAAUAUUAAUUGCUUGUGAUUUUGUGUCUAUGUAUCCCUCCCAUUCUCAGAGGGGAAAAAAUAUUUAGUUUACAACUGGGUAAUAUGUUGAGCUAAUUUUUUUACCAUUUGCAACCAUCUUUUUUUCAUGCCAGGAUGACUUAAAACAGCAACUUUUUGUAAGAAGCAUCCCCUUACAGUUGCUAUGGCUAAAGAAAGAAGUCCAAUUAAGGUUCCAUCUGAAAAUGAAGACUUACCUGACAAAGAAAAUGCUCCAGAUUUUGACGAGGACACUUUACAAGGUGAGCUAGGUUCAACUUUGGCUUCAGUCACUGUUAAAACGUUUUCUAUUCCACCAGUUUCAAGACUGUAAGCAGAUGUGGAGAACAAUAUAUACACUGCCUGACCACUUUAAAGGAUAUUUGGCCAGUCAUGACUCCUCUAUGAUUACAAUAUGCUGUUCAUUGACUGAGAGGAUCUAUGACAUAUUUGUUAUUUUCUUUUCUCAAAGUUCAAAGCAAGUACACAAAGUUAUAAUAAUUAAAGACUUUAUUUGAUGAUCAUAUAACAUCCAUUUUGUAAGUUUGCAUCAUAAGUACCAUCAUCAUCAUCAUCAUCUUUCCAUUAUAUUAUGCAACAAUCAAUUGAAAGUUUCAACUUCCCCCAAGCAACCAAUUUCCAGUAGAGUGCAAGUGUUAUAUCAUUGAAUAUGGAGGUGUUUAACCCUUGACACCCAAACAUCAGUAUCCAUAUUCUCCAUACUAGUCUUUAUAUGUUUCUUUUGGUACUGAAAAAGAGAAUUCAUUUGAAGAUCAAUGCUUCUUAGGUUGGUGAUCAUUUCCUUUAUUCUCAUGAGCUUAGUGAAUGAUUCAGCAGUAUUACUGUAAGGAGAAGUGAGAUGCUGGUCACUCUUAGGGGUUAAAGAGUUAAGGUAGAUAGUUAACUUUCACUAACAAAUGGCUCAGAAGAAAAAAGUCUACAAGGUCUAGGUUUUAAAGCUUGGUCAAUUAGUUGAAAGUCAGGUUGCUACUUAUUUUGUUUUUUGUAUAAAAAUUGUGUGGGGCAUUUGAACACAUUCUUAAUUUUGCCUGUGGAAGAGGAAUUUUAUGAAACCUAUCUCCAAAAGUUUAAAUGCCGUGGGGUUUGUUUCAAAUAGAGUCAUGCUUAAUUCUCAUCAUUAUUAUUAUCCCUGUUGUCACCUACAUUAUUAACAUCAUUAUGAAUAUUAAUCUCAUCUUCUUUAUCAUUAUUCUUGUCAUUUAUAUAAUAACUAUUUUUCUAUGAGUAAUAUUGUUUCUGGUUUUUAUGACUGCCACAUUUGGAUCUUAUUGACUCAUUAAUAAGCUAUCUAAAUGUAUUAAAGGUUAAGUAGACUCUUCUACACUUAUAAUAUGCCAAUCCUCCCUGAUUGUCAGGGAGUUUCACAGACACAGAACAAGACUCUGGGUCUGUCAUAUGGGUCGUCAAACCUUUAAGAUAAAAGAGGAUUUGGGUCAGUUCCACACAGAAACAUGACAUUUGAACUCCAGAUUUCCCACAUCUAAGGUUAUCUUGCCUUUUGUUAAAAUUAGGGUUCUUAUUUUAAUUUUCUUGAUUGUAGUUAGUUUGUUUCAAAGUAGGGAUUACACUUUCUUCCAAACAACACCACAACAGUAACUGAGUCUGAUUGGUUGAGCUUUCAAACAAAAAAUCCCUCAUGAAUUUACUGAAUGGGGUGUGUCCUGUGAAGGGGUUGGGGGGGUCUGCACAUAUCCUCUAAGCUUUUCAGGGGAUUGGUCAAGUCAGGCAGGUGCAAAAGUGGCAGCUGGCACAAAAGGAAAAAUCUUCAGAUUUUAAAUCUCCAGAUCUUGGCAGCUCUGCUCAUACACUAAUUAACUACAACCACAGAUAAUUAUUGACUACAACCAUAGACUUUGACACAAGUUAUUUUUUAUUAUUUCUUUGCAGCCAUAGCUGAUGUUUAUAGGAAUAAGGGUUAUGAGGCCUUCAAGAAAGGAGAUUUCAUCAAUGCUAUUCAUUUUUACACCAAAGGAAUUAAAAUGAACUGCAAUGAGAAAGAAAUGAAGGCCAAACUGCACAACAAAAGGGCUUCGGCACAUUUUAAACUCGGUAAGAUGAUGAGAGCUUUAAUAUGCAUUUUUUUUUCUUUUGAAGCUAUUGAGUUGUCAUCAGUAGUUUUCUGAGAUAGGUGAUAAUUUUUAAUGCAUGCCCAGAAAAAUAUACAUCUGAUCUUAGUAGGCCUCGCAAAUAUACAAAGAAGUAACCCCUUACCCCAGAUAUCAGUGAGCAUCACAAGUUUUUCCCAAAAUUAUUUUAAUGGAGUGGUGGUUGGUUUGCUUCAUGUAUGGCUAAUCGGAGAUAUUUAUUUUGAUAACAGGAAAUCACCAGGAUACACUAAGGGAUGCAGAAGCAGCUAUUGAGUUAAAUCCAACUUUCCUUAAUGCAAUUUUGAUAGGUUAGAUAUGUUAGCUGUGCUAUAAUAAUAAUAAUAAUAAAAGAAUAACUCAACACUCUAAGGUUAAAUGAGAUUAGAGGAAGUUCCAUCUUGUCUCAAUUGACUUUAAUUAAGAGGUCGAGACCACCGUGAUGUACAUUUGAAUCCAGCUCUUGACUGCUACGCAACUACUUUCCAUUAAUUAUGAUGAGAAUAUUAUUUUGAGCUCAAUGCAGAAUGCAAAGCAAAAUUUCAGCACAAGUAUUUUAGUUCCUUAAGCUCACUGAGUGAGGUAGUCACAGAUGUCGGAUAUGUUAAGUCACUAUUUAGCUGUUAUAAAAAGAAGUAAGGAUCAGGACUUACCUAGCUCUUUAGGUAAGGAAUUGUCGGUCCCAAUUUAAAUGUUCCUAGAAGUUUCAGUUGUCUUAAAAGCUAAAUGAGAGGUUAGAUAUGUUAGCUGUGCUAUAAUAAUAAUAAUAAUAAUAAUAAUAAUAAUAAUAAAAGAAUGACUCAACACUCUAAGGUUAAAUGAGAUUAGAUGAAGCUCAAUCUUGUCUCAAUUGACUUUAAUUAAGAGGUCAAGACGACCCUGAUGUACAUUUGAAUCCAGCUCUUGACUGCUACGCAACUACUUUCCAUUAAUUAUGAUGAGAAUAUUAUUUUUAGCUGGAUGAGGAACUCAAUGCAGAAUGCAAAGCAAAAUUUCAGCACAUGUAUUUUAGUUCAGGUGUCAGAUAUGUUAAGUCACUAUCUAGCUGUUUUAAAAAGAAGUAAGGAUCAGGACUUACCUAACUCUUUAGGUAAGGAAUUGUCGGUCCCAAUUUAAAUGUUCUUAGAAGUUUUAGUUGUCUUAAAAGCUAAAUAAAUCUAACUGAAACCUGAUAGGGCCUGUUUAUUCUUUUCCAUUUAGUAUUUUUGCUUUGUUUUGUUUUGUCAUUUUUUUUUCUUCUGGCCUGUAAUGAUUCCAAUGGUUUCAGGCUCUUUUUUCAGAAUUGAGCUACAGUAAUAAUAUAUUGCUUCUUUACAUUUUUGCCCAUAGGAACCACUGCUUGUGUUGAAUUGAAGAGAUUUGAAGAAGCAAUCACUUGGUGUGAUAAGGGACUAGCUGUAUCCUUUGAAGGAAUCUUUCAUUUUUAA